UGUGCGCUUAUCAAAUUCCUCUACUAUAUAACCAAAACUAAAACAGGAAAAACAAACUCUUUGGGCAAAAAUCAAUCUAAACAAAUAGCUAGAGACCAUGAAAAUUAUCUUGUUCAUUUCUUUUUGCCAUCUUCUUUUUCCUUUCUCCUAUGCUUUGGAUUCUUCUUCAUGUCCAAUAAACUUUGAUUACAUAGAAAGAUGUAAUUGGGACACUUCUUUAUGCACAGAAGAGUCUUUAGAGAAGAGUUGUUGCCAAACUCUCCGUAGUCUCUUUGGUAUAGGACUAGCACAACACCUCAAAGAAACAUCCAUGUUUUAUCUCCCAAAUGAAGAUGCUGCUCUUUCAUGUACUUCAGCCUUCAAAGCCAAGCUUUCUUCGAUGUCAAUAUCUCAAUCUUUUGUCUCACAGUGCAUGAAUGGGAGUAAUGAGUUCGUUGCUAAGCCUUCGAGCUGUGGAGGGAUUGUUUCAAUGAAAGAUUGGAUGGAAAAAGUUGGUCCAAAGAGCCUACUUGACUCAUCUUGUACUGGUGAUCUUGGAGGGCUUACUAGGUGCAGCUUGUGUGUUGAUGCUGGUUUGAAGGUAAAUACUUAUUUGGUUUCUUUGAAUCCGAAUUCGACGAAUGCUAAGUGUUUUUAUUUCACUGCCCUUUAUGCUGCUGCUAUGGUUAGUGAAUUUGGACCUGAGGAUCCAAGAACUGCUGGUUGUGUACUUGCCUUGCCCUUGGCUAGUAAGGCUAGAAGAUCGCCCCAACUUAGCAAAGAGACUCUGUUAAAAUUGGUUUUCGGGUUUUUAGGUGCUUUCUUUGGGAUUUUGAGUGCUAUAGGUUUCAUUAUUUUUUACAAGAAAUGGGACAAGAAGAGAAAGCAAGAUGCAUUACAUCAAGGGUAUGUGACUAGUGUUAAGUCCCAAAUUUUGCCCAACACUGGUGCUAAGUGGUUUAAAGUUGGUGAGCUUGAACAAGCCACUAAAGGGUUCUCCCAAAGGAAUAUGAUAGGCCAAGGUGGGAGUGGAUCUGUCUAUAAAGGGACCCUUUCUGAUGGUACCUUAAUUGCUGUGAAGAAAAUUCUUGAUAUGGAUAGUAAGGGUGAUGAGGAGUUUAUUAACGAAGCCGAAAUUAUAAGCAAGAUUAGGCAUAGGAAUCUUCUUCCUCUAAGAGGCUUUUGUGUUACAAGUGAUAAUGUGAAUGGAAAAGGGAGAUAUUUGGUGUAUGAUUUCAUGCCAAAUGGUAGCUUAGAUGAACAUCUCUUCAACGUUGGAAAGAAACGAUUGUCUUGGCCUCAAAGAAAGAAUAUAAUUCUUGAUGUGGCUAAAGGACUAGCUUACUUGCAUUAUGGAAUCAAACCUUCGAUUUACCACCGGGAUAUAAAGGCCACAAAUAUACUUCUGGAUAUGGAUAUGAAGGCAAGAGUAGCAGAUUUCGGAUUAGCUAAGCAAAGCAAAGAAGGACAAACUCAUCUUACUACAAGAGUUGCUGGCACAUAUGGAUAUCUAGCACCCGAAUAUGCUCUUUACGGGCAAUUAACAGAAAAGAGUGAUGUUUAUAGCUUUGGGAUCGUGAUCCUUGAGAUCAUGAGCGGAAGGAGGGUUCUUGAUGCAUCGAAUUCUUCCCCCACACUUUUGGUCACUGACUGGGCAUGGACAAUGGUGAAGUCAAGAAAUGUGGAAGGCAUUUUCGAUGCGUCGAUAAGGGAGGAAGGGCCAAAGAGAGUUAUGGAGAGAUUUGUUCAUGUUGGGAUACUUUGUGCUCAUGUUAUGGUAGCUUUAAGACCUACAAUUGAAGAUGCUUUGAGAAUGCUUGAAGGAGACAUUGAUAUUCCAAUAUUACCAGAUAGGCCACUACCCCUUGGCUUUGAGUCAUUUGAAUCAUACUCAUUACACAGUGAUAGAUUCAGAGAUAUUUCAAUUAGCAGCAGCAGUAACAGCUUAUCAAGGUAUAUACAAAAAUAGAGGACACACGUGCUACAAUGGCCGGGACAAAGGGUCACGAUUCAAACUUUUUUUUUUUUUUUCAAUUUUAUGGAAGAUAGUUUUUGACCAUAUUGAUAAUUGACUAUAGGAAAGGUCAAUUGAAAUACGAUUCUGUUACCUUCAUUCCUAUUGUUUACUAUUUUCUUGUAAAGAUUUUAUUCGAGUAAGGCAGGUACUCUAUGUAAUCGUACACAAAGGUCGAGUUGAUUUUUUGGUAUGUACUUAAAUAAUAGUAGUAAUUAGCUCA